UGAUGCCGCUUGGUGAAGGCCCAAGCACAGAAAAUGUCCCCCGAGGACCUCGCCGCCCUGCUCUGUGGGGAAGGGGACGAGCACCUCUCCCAGCAGGAAUUUCCAGUAGCCACCGCUUUUUAUCUGGCUGCCUUCAGCUGCUGUGCCCCCACAGCAGUACAGAGAGUGAAAUCCUUGGGCCACGGGCUCUGGGAGCGAGUGGUGGCCACCCUGGAGGCCUGGUGCAGAGGCAAGGGUCAGAUCCCCAAGAUCCAGAGCAGGAACUUGGCCGUGGUGUCCCUCAGUGUGGGAAUAGCUGCGAUUUUCCUCUCCACCCUGAUUCCCGAGAACGUGGUGGCCUCGAUGUACAAGCUGGAGGCCCUGCUCCGGCGAGGGUGCUCGGAGGAGGUGGUGAGCAAAUGCAAUCUCCUGCUCGAGGCUAACCCGAGGGAUUCCAUGGAGCUGCUGCUGCUGAGGGCGCUGGCCCGGGUGCUCUCGGGGACACAGGCUGGGAAGGGAGUCGUGGAUUACGUCCAGGCCUUUGUGCUGCAUCAAACUGAGGCGGUGGCCUGCGUGUGCAGCAGGCAAAGGGAGCACCUGCCCCAGGUCGUCCAGGCCUUCUCUGAUCACCUCUCCACGUGCCAGGAGGAAAGCCCAGGCUGCAGGUCCUUGCAGCAGUGGCUGGGUGACUGCUACAGCUUCCUGGCUGCGGUGGCACCGGGGCACACCUGGGUGUGCAGGGCGCGGGCAGCCCACCUCCUAAAAACAGGCAAAUUUCGGGAGUGUGUGACUGUUUGCACCCAGGCCCUCGAGGGCUUCUCAGCUGAGAAUCUCGGAGGUGAGGACGUUCUGGCUCUGCUCCUGGAACGAGCUGCUGGGUAUUUCUUCCUGGGCGGAUGGACACAGGAAAUGAUGCAGGAUUUAGCAGCAGCCUUUGCAGCAGACCCUGCCCGGGCAAUGAAAUGCUUUGAAGAGCUUUUCUCACCCCAUGAUGCUGAGAAGAUUGAGGAGCAGGCCAGAGCUGCCCUGGAGGGGAGGUUUGCAGCGUACAGGGAGGCUGUGCGUGCUCGGGCUGAGCUCAGGGGCAAUCGUGGCACUGAGCUGCUCCCUCCUGUCAUCCAGACAAUCCAGCUGCUCCUGCACAUCUGCCCAGGGUCCAGCCGGGAGCUCAGUGUCCGGCUGGCAGACUGUCACCUCCUGCAGGGACACCCCGGGGCCGCCCUGGACAUCUGUGAGCAGCUGCUGGCAGCAGAGCAGAACACUUACCACAACACCCUGCUGGCACUGCGAGGCUUCUGCUCGCUCCAUGCCCAGGACCACCAUGGAGCCUUGCAGGACUUCCAGAGGGUCAUUGAGCACGAUUCCCCACAUCCCAACAGCUGCAUCAAAGCCCUGUGUGGGCGUGGGCUGAUCCGGAUUUCUGAUGGCAGCAAUUACUUGACAGCCCUGGAUUAUAUCACAGCCUGCCAGUUAAAGCUGGAAGAAACCAUCUUCACCAUCAAGUCCUAUGUGCCAUGGAACCAGAGGGGAUUGCUGCUGAAGGUCCUCCAGGAGGAAGGACAGAUGAUGCUCCAGAGGAAGAGGUACCCAGGAGGCAGCUCAGUUUCCUUUCAAAGAAAGCAAACAGGGCUAGAUGCCCCUGGGGUUUUCCAGCUGGCUUCUCUCUUGGUGGAGCUGGACAGCUCUGACGAGGCAUCCCGGAUCCUGUGUGCUGAUGCUCUGUACCAGAUGGGCCGUGGGGAAGAAGCCCACAGGCUGCUGGCACUGGCCCUCUCCAGAAACCCCCAGAGAGCUCCUGUGCUGGCCAGGCUGGCCCUGCUGCAGCUGAAGAGAGGCUUUGUGUACGAUGGCAACCAGCUGCUGAAGAGAGUGAUCAGAACUGGAGACUCCUCCUGCCUCCUGCCAAUCCUGGACAUUUUCCAGGAUGAGGACCGAAAGCUGCUGCAGAGCCACUGCCGCUGGCGAGCCCUGGCCAUCCUGAAGGGCAAACAGGAGGGUGCUGCCAUCAAAGAGGCCAUUGCCCACCUCUCCUUUGCCAUCCUUGCUGCAGGUGGCUAUGCCGAGGAUUGCCUUCUCACCAGGGCCCGAUGCUAUGGGCGCCUUGGGCAGAUGAAAACUGCCAUUUUUGACUUCAAUGCUGUCCUGAAGGAAGACCCCAGGAAUGUGCAAGCUCUGAACGGCCGAGGGUUCGUUCACCUCGCUCUGAGGCAGCAGAAGGAGGCAGUGCAAGAUCUGAUCUCAGCACUGAAGGUGGAGGCAGGGGCAGUGAUCCCAGCAAUCCUGUCCUUGAAGCCUGAAGCCCAAGGGUUGGUCACUGGGUGGCUCCUCCAGCACGCCAGGGCCGCUCUCACCAAGCUCGUGGCCACCAAAGACCUCCCAGGAGAAGAAACCCUCGGGGACCUUCUCACGAUGGCAAAAGCACUGACCAAAAUCUGCAAGGCUGCACAACAUCACAUCUUCUACGCCGAUGUUUUGAUGGCAAAUGGAAGGCACCAAGAGGCCCUCAAGCACCUGCAGGAAGCCUUUGGCCACUGUCCUGCUGAGGACUUUGCCAGGGCUCGCCUGGCUGUGCUGCAGCUGCAGAACAGGAACGUGGCAGAGGCAGCAGCCCAGCUCAGCACCCUGGCCAGGAGAGAUGAAAAGGACUUGGCCUUUCUCCUGAACUUUGUAGACACCAAGCAACAGCAGCAUCUCGCUCAGGUACGACACUUUUUUUUGAUCACACAUCCGUGGAUUCAAUUAACUCUGUCCCCACAGGCAGCAGCCCAGGAAGGGAAGGUGCUGAUGAGAGGCCAUCACUAUGAGGAGGCUCUGGGCUAUCUCAGCCUGGCAGUGCUGGCCAGCAGAGACAGUCCCAGGUACCUGCGCUGCAGAGCCGCCUGCCUGAUGCACCUGAAAAAAUAUGAGAGAGCUCUGAAAGACAUGGAAAAAGUGAUCCAGGGGCACGGCUGUAACAGCCCAAAAACACAGGCUGGAGACCACUGCUGCCAGGGCUUCCUGCUGCUGGCCCUGGCUGAGGAGGAGGCAGCAGUGCAGCACUACACGGAGGCCCUGCAGCUGGACGAGCCCCUGGCCCUGGGCACCAUCACAAACUGUCCUGGCAGGCAAACUUUAACCAAAACAUUUCACAAAGUAGCACAAAAUAACUUUGAAAAGCAGCGUUAUGAAGAGGCCUGGAAAAUCACAGACUAUGGGCUCAAAAUUGAUAAAAGCACUGAGCUCCAGAAGCUGAGAGCAAGACUCAAAAGAGAGGCAUCGAGCUGUAGCAUACAUUGAUUUCUCUGUUUGGGGAUUUUCUGCUGUCUGAUUGCUUUCUGGUUUGUUUGGGAGGCUGCAAGAAUGCGGGAAAGAUGAGAAAGAUAAGAAAGAUGAGAAGCUCAUGAUAAAUAUGCAACAGACAUGACACCGAACGUGGGACAGCAGAAUUGAGAGUAGAAAGUUUCAGGCAGAGAAACAAAACAAGAGAGCAAUGGGGAAAAAAAGCAAAUUGCAGCAUUCAGGACUCCUUAAAAUUAUUGUGGAUUCUGUAAACUCCCCAUUGUGAAAAAAGUCUCUUUUUCUGGCUAAACUGAAUGAAUUCUAACACAGGGGUUCCAGUCCUCCUGAAGGAAAACAUUCAAAUCACCUGCAGCUCGUGAAUAAGAAUCGUGUGUUCCCUUGCUAGUAUUUGAUGAGCUCUAACAUGUACAGUUCAAUAAAUUGGCCUUAUUUUUAUGGGCCAGUCAAAAGGAUCAGUCAAAAGUAACUCCAGUAAGGCGUUUGUGAAGGACCAUUUGUGUUACACCCCUCUCCUGCGCCGCUCCAGGAGGGAAGGAUCUGCCCUUGUGGGAAUGCAGUGGAUUUGCCACAGUCAGCACCAAUAUCGGGGAUGGGGCACCACAAAUGCCAAAUAACCUCUUUUACUGCCCCAGGGAACAGUGAAAUAACAGAUAAGGUGAAGGGUGAGACUCAACAGAGAUCAAACAUCCACUCCAGGGACUCCUGCCCUGAUAUCCAAGGCGUACAGGCAGCUCCACUCCGGGCUUCACCUUGGAUUCUCAGAUCCCGUGUGUCCAUUUAGCCACGGCAGAUAACAGGGAUCAUCUCUCCUUGGGGUGUCUGCCAGAGCUGCUGAAUUCCAUCCCUCACACUCCUGGGUGUUCAAACCCCAGAGCCAGCCCUGGAGCUCAUCCAGAAGUGGCGAUGCACAAGCAGGAGGUUGGAGGCAGCAUCCAAGAUGGGAUUGUUCCCAGUGCUGCAGCAUUCCUUCCUCCUCACCCCUGCUGGACAGCACGCACUCAGCCCCUGGCAUGGUCAGGGGGGCUGUUUCUGCUGUCAUGGCUCUGUUUUCCUGCUUUCAGGUGGACUUGGGGGCACCCCAGAGGCAGGGCUGGUCCAUCCCUGGGGAUUCACCUGUGAGAUGGGAGCCCUCAGCUCAGUCCAGGUGGGGCCCAGGGCAGCAGCUCCUCUCUUUGUUCUGGCUGCUCCAAGGGAGUUGUCCCCAUGGAGUGUGAUAAUAUAACCAGGGAGAAAAACAGAAACUACUGCUGAAAACAGAGAUGAAAGCAGUGCUGAGGACUGCUCUGCUGCUUUGAUUAGGAUGAAAGGGAAGAGGGAGCAUUUUCUUUUUUGUUGUAUUGUUGUCUCAAAGGCAACAUUCCAGGGUGGAACUUCAUUCAGCAGCCAUGGGAUCAACCCCCAGCGCUGACACCACCUGGAACCUUCCACCUUUUCCUCUUCUCUGCAUGCUCCUUUCUUCUGCCCUAAUAGCACAGGUAAGACUGGGCUUCUUGCCCUUCAAAUUUGAUUUUAAUCCUAGUGACGCUGAUGAGGAUUUUUCCCCAUAAUGAGCAUCAAGAUAUUGUGGGAUAGCUUCUUCCCAAGCAUGAAAUUAUAUCCCUAAAAACCUGUUGGCUCCAUUUGCAAGCCUAAUGAAAUAAUUUUGCUCGUUUUUUCCUUCAAAUGGUAACUAACAGACAGGAACUUCUCUGUGUCUCAAGAAAUUUUUGAGAAGUGGUUGUUUAGGGCUUUGGAAUUUUUUUUUAAGUCUCUCCAUUAUGUAAAAACUUUUUUCAGACAUGGAAAGCACUGGGAAUAUAAUCCAGUUGUCCUGUCUCCCAGGGUAAUAUUCCCUUCGUUAGUCUGGAAGUUUGGGGGAUUUUGGCCUGUUCUUUUGUUAAGCAACGUAUUAUUCUGAUAUAAUGCAUUUAUUGCUCCCAAAGAAAUAUUUCUUUAACAAUAAGGACCACAGGCAUCCCUGCAAGAUUGCCAGAGAGUUAUCCUGAGGAAAAAUUCCUUUUCAGGUGCCUGCCUGUUCCUCAUGGCCUUGAGGAAUGGCUGCUUCUCCCAGCAGCUCCUGACUCCUCUCAUCAGCAUUUUUAUUGGUUUCUUUUAUUUUCCUUGUCCUCUGUGCCCACUGAAGUCCUUUGCCUGUGCCUAAGCUUCUGAUUGGUUCUUUAUUUCUCUGUUGUGUUCUUACUCUUCCAAACAAUUUCUAGGAGAGGGCUUGGAGCAACGUGGGAUAGUGGGAGGUGUCCCUGCCCAUGGCAGGGGUGG